AGCCCAGUGCGUGAGUGGAGCACCAACGAGACUAAACCACACAGUCCGGGAUGCGAUGCGAUCAAGCAUUGGGAGUACGCUGUUAAGUCUAACAGCCACGUUUCUCCGGCGUCACCGUUUCUCAAAUCCGCUGUCGUGUACUCUCUUUCCAUCUUCGCCCUUCUCGUCGUCUUCUUCAGCUCCGAGAAGCUCCGCCGACAACUCGGCCAAGGACUCGGCGGGCAGUGAGUUGACUCGGUUGGCGACGGUGGUGGAGGGCUGCGACUACGAGCACUGGCUCGUUGUCACGGAGCCUCCUAAGGGUUACCCACUUCGCGACGAGAUCAUCAAUGGCUACAUCCAAACCCUAGCCACUGCCCUCGGAAGUGAAGAGGAGGCAAAGAAGUCAAUUUACUCUGUUUCGACAAAGUACUACUUUGCAUUUGGCUGCAAAGUCCCAGAGGAUUUGACUUUAAAGAUAAAAUCUCUGCCUAAUGUGAGAUGGGUUCUCCCAGAUUCUUACUUAUGUAAUGGUGAAAAUGACUAUGGAGGAGAACCUUUAGUUGAAGGGGUUGCUGUUCCAUAUGAUGAAAAGUAUCACGCAGACUGGGUGCGUGACGAAAAAUACAAGGCUUAAUCACACCUAUGGCCCCUGGAUUAGCACUCUCGGCUACUUAAUCCCGAUCAGGCUGCUAAAGUUUCACCUCCUGGUGGUGGAAGCGGAAUCUUUUUAUGAGAAUCAACUUGCAUCAACCCGAAUGUGUGACUUUCGUUUGAAAUGGACCGUCUGAGGUCAUCUCUGGGGUCAUAAGUCUUCAAGCUAAACCUAGUUCUAGCUUAAGCAUUCCCACUCAAAUCUAGCUAGAAGUUGCAGUGCAUUUUUGUAACCCCAACCCAAUUCUAACCCUACUUGGUUCAAAUUGGGGAUGGGAUGGAUGUACACAAUUAUUAAUAUAUAUAGAACUUUUCUCAUUUUUUUAAUCA